ACAGGGCUCCAGAGCGGAGAUUGUGGGGUUGGAGUGAGCUCGGCGGAGGUGGUUACUGACCUGACACCUCUGCUGGAAGGCUGUUACUACUUUCUUCAUCAAUUUACUGAACAAACGGGCUGACUCAAAAUAGAGGCUGUUGCAGUAUUUGUGUUCUGAAUGUUGGCCAGCUGGCCUGUAUCUUUAACAUGGGUGGCCCACUAACUGUCUCUUAGCCAUCACUUCUUGUACAAGGCUGUGCUGCUAAUAGGGGAUAAUGAAGGAUGUGCCUGGCUUGCAGAAACUUGGUAAGAUAAUUGAAAAUAAACAAAAAUUUCCAACCUAAACCAGUAAAAACAAUCUGAUUUCCAAAGCAUUUUACAAACUUGUCCAGAGUUCAUUUUACAAACAUCACAAGCAGAGAAUUAGUACUAACCCCCAGCAGUAUCUUUGCACUGAGGGCACACACAUACAUACCUGAGAGAUAAAAGAGGCAGAACACAUCUGACAGCCCUAACAGGGUUUUCUAAAGCAUCUGGUUUUGUUAAUAACAUACCUGCCUUGGUGUUUUAAGGACCGGUGAAUAGUUCGUAUCUCUUUAUUAAAUGAAGUGAGAGUUUGGACUCGAGGAUUGCAGUGGCAGCACAUACUCACAGAACACUACCAGGCAGAUACAUUUUCUGAGAAUUGUUAUUGACUUCUGCUUCUUUCCCCCAUCACAUUUAGUCCCAAGUCAUGCUGGAUUGACUGGAUGUAGUAGCAGUGGUUGACACUGAUGCAGCUGGGAAAUUUGGAGUCCUGUGGAACAUUCUGCUGGCCUGCGGUGGAGUGUCUGGUUUGGCUUGGGUUCUAACCACAUUUAUUUUUCGGCUAUAACAGGUCUGCUGCAUAAGGAUGAUUCCCAGGGACUUCUGGAAAGCUUCAACUCUGAUGAAAGAGAGCACACACUCAUGAAAAGUAAAGCAGAACCCUAUAUAUCAGAGGAGGAAAUGGUGCUGGAGGAAAGUGAGUCUCCUCUGAACAGCAAUGUUACGGCAUUUGCAUUAAAGGCAAAAGUGAUCUAUCCCAUCAAUCAGAAAUUUAGGCCUUUGGCAGAUGGCUCAUCCAAUCCAUCUUUGCAUGAGAAUCCAAAGCAGGCGGUUCUACCUAAUCAGGUCAUGGAGACAUCUACAUCAGGCAGUCUGGGAUCGCUGAGCCAGGGAGACAAAGAGGACUGUAGUUCCUCCACAACAAUACAUUCCACAACAAGUGAUGACAGAUUUCAGGCUCGGGCUUUCCUCAAGGUGACCAGCUUCCCUGAAGUACUAACAUGCGAGAGUUUUGAUGUUAAGCUCUGCCUUUGCAGUCUUACUUUAAAAGAUCUCAUGGCUCUUGAUACUGAACUCAGAAAAGAAAAACAUGUGAUGGUUAUUCAGAUUCUCAAAAUAUACGUCACAGACUUUUAUCAUAAAAAGAAGGUUACUGAUGAUUUGUUCAAGAAGAUCCUUUUAAAUCAAGAAAAUGAUUUUGGAGAAUUACAAAGACAACUUGACUCUCUACUCCAGAAUACUGAGAUGUCAGGAGCUCAUAAUUCGGAGUACCAGACUUUAGAAGACUUAGAAAGGAAAGAAAGGGAAUAUUCUGAAUACGUAAUAGAUAAUAUGGAAACUUUCUGGAAGCAGACUGACAAAGCCCAGCAGGCUUUUUUGGAUGAAUUGAAGUGCUCAAGUGCCAAAGCAACAAAGAUAAUGAUGGAUCUGACCGAGAAGAUGAUUGCAGUAGAAAGCUUAUUAAGUGAAUCUCAAGAUUUGCAGGCAAUGGACAUUCAGGAAAGGUUAUUCAACUGGGAGCUUACAGUGAAAAUGCUCGAUUCACUGAAGUCCUAUAUACCAGAAGAAUGUAAGUGUAGAUUAAAUAUUGUAUCGAAUAUUCUGGACCAUUUAACUGUAAAGAAUAAUCUCUCGGUCCGACAAAAGGAAGAACUUUUAACGGAUCUGCACAAGGCCUUUUGGGAACAGUUGGCACAUUUCAGUAAUGAAUGUAUCCAGCAAAGCAAAGACCUGAUCUUGAAACGACUGGAGAGCUGUGCAAAGAAGAAAGAGGAGUUCAAACACAGACAGAAAGCUGAACAAGGCAGUUUCCUUAGUAAAACUUUUCAUAAUGAAGAUGUUCAUGAUUUUCUUAAGGCUUACCAUGAAUUGCUAGAGAAGCAUCGGCAAGCACAGUGGCAGCUGGAGGAGGAGGAUGACUGCGAGAGCACGGAGGCUAUUGCAGAUCUCUACAAGGAGCUGUACUCUAAAGCUUCCCAUGCUUUAGUGGGAUUGGUGACGGAGCUGUUUCUUCAGACCCUGCCUCUUGUGACCGGCCUCUCUGUAAGAGAAUGUGAGCUUCUGAAAGAGGAAUGGCAGGAGAAUUUGGUUACUCAGCCGGAGAAAUGGGAAACCCACUGCCGGAGACGCUGGAAGCUCUUCCAGGAACAGCUACUGCAAGAAAAACAACUAUGGAUGAAGGAAUAUGCUCUGUCUGCUGUGAUGCAAAAGCACCUGUCUGAGAAACAAGAGAAGAUAAUUCAAGGUGUCGUAAGCAGGCUCGGAUGCCUCAGUGAUGAGUCUGUUAACUAUAUAUUGCAAAAACACCGACUUCUGCUGUGUUCAGUACUCAGAAGGCUAACGCUCCGAAGAGUUGGAAUGGCAGCCCUGGCCCGCAUGAGACUGUCCAGAAAGAAGAGCUUGCUUCAGGAACUGAGACAGCAACAUAGCCUUCAGAAGGGAUCCUCCCCCUGCCAAGAUGAGGACCAGUGGCAGUUACAGAAGGCACUGGAGUCCCACAUUCUGGAAGAGGAAGAGAAGCUUGAGGAAGAAACACAGCAAAUCCAUUUAGAAUUUCACCAGCAGCUAGUCACAGAAAUCCAAGACGCUCUUCAAUUUCUUCAGCAGCACAUGGAGCAGGUGAUUGGGCAGACGUUGCUGCAGCAUGCCCGACGGGAAGCUAGAAAAAAGAGUUCAGGUGAUGGACAGGACUUCAAGGAGAGACUGGUGGAAGCUGCUGUUGAAAGUGUGUAUGGGACCAGCAAUAAUAUCAACAGACUGGUGCAAAACUACUAUCAGGAAUUAGGAAAAAUCACAGAAGGCUAUGAAGAGAAAAAGCUUCAACAGUUGAAAUCCUUACAAGCAGAAAGAAGUGAAAGGAACAGACUUAAGAAGAAACAAGAGAGUGAACUGGCAUUGAAAGAAAAACAGACCAAAGGCCUCUUGAGCGUAUCAUCCACAGUCCAUCAAAGGAUGAUGCUACAGCAAAAGAAGGUUUUGGCUCAGUUUGAACUGCAGCAGCAAAUUCGUCUGGAGUCUCUGAAACAGAAACUGCUGGGAUUGCAUCACCUAGAAACUGAACUGGAGAAUCAGCUAAAGGAAGCAGAGCAGGACUUUGUGAGGGAGCUGGCUGUGUUGGCCCGAGUUCCAGUGGCUGUGAAGAAGCAGCCUUCCAAAAGGAGCAAGCCAGUAGGAGAAAAAACAAAAAGGAAGACCUUUCAGUCACCAGAAUCAGCAGAAAAAGAUGAUUCUCAUGAAAAUAUCCAAGAGCCCCCUGGACUGACUUCUGGCUCAUGCAGAGAGAGGUUACAGAGUCCACAUGAAAGUGAGCCUGAACUAAGGAAAAACUCCAAGAUGCUAAAAAAAAGAGGCAACAGGUAGUAAAAGCAUUUAUAUGAGCUGUCUGAACACAGAGUACCAAAGCAUUCUCCUGGGAAAUCUCAGCAGCUGUAAAUACUUACUGAGAUGCUUUACUGAGAAAUAAUGAAGAACAUCAAUAAUAACCGAGAAAUCUUCUUUAGCUACAGACCAAGAAUCAAUCCUGACUUCCUUUAGCUGUUAAUAAAACAUUCCCACUUGGUUUUGUUAAGGGGGAACAAGGAAGUCUUUAAUAUGAGCUCUUCCAGAUAGCUUGGGGAAUAUGGAGGGGAGGUAGAUCAGGAAUAUAACCGAGGAAAGUACACUUGUACGAGACCAUAUCCACACUAGGCUGGUUGCCCAGGUUGGUGUAUCUCUGUAAAGUUUCAUUACAGUUGUGAAGUACCAUUUGCUUUUGAGCCCUAAAUGUGGUAGAUUGGAUCUUAAUACUUUGUGAUUGCUGCUUUGGACUAACAAAAGUAGAUAGAAAUGCAAAGAAUAUAUAAACAGACUUCAGAUGGCAUUGGUAUGUCUGAAGAUUACAUUUGUUCUCUUUUUUGUCAUGUUUUAGUGCUUCCAAGGCUAUGUAUACUUUUUAGAAUUUGUACAGAGAUUUUUAUAAAUGUAUUUUUCUGCAUUUCUCUCAGAUUUCAAAUUAUUAUUUUUAGGAAGAAUGAGACAAAAACAAGUUACUGUUUUGCUUUUUAUACUUCAGUUGCUAGUCUUCUUGUACACUGUUUUGUUUGCAGCGUACUUUGUUAUGCUCAUUACAUUUCCUAUGGGAAUUCUUGUUAUGCAAAGCAGGUAGUUCUUACUGGCUGUACAGAGCACCUGUAUUGUGCAAUAAAUUGCCCCACUUCAGCAGUCUUAACAGCUUUCAUGAAAUGAAAAUUUCCUGCCUUUUAAAAAUGAACACGUUUUGCUAACGAAAAGGCUGUCCUUUGGUGCAUAAUGGAAAAUACUACAGAAAAGCUUCAUCAGCUCUGCAGUUUACCUCAGACCGAAGUGCCACCACACGAAUUACUUUGCCAGGCGUGUUACACACAACUGUUAAAUGGUUAAUUUUCUCCUCAAUCACUUACUUAAAUAAAAAGUUUGUUUUCUAAAUUGUACCUCUUCAA